AUGUGUGGUGCAAGGGAAAGCAGGAUAAUAAUAACAAGAAGCUCUGAAGAGGCAGCUAUGGUAUCUAGCGCAUCAACAUCAUGUGUUCUAAAAGGGUUGUCUCUAACUGAAUCUUGGUCUUUGCUCAAGCAAAUUGUUUUUCAAGGGCAAGAACCACAAAGCCCAUAUGUAGUAAAGAAUGGAAAACUGAUUGUAGGAAAAUGUAAUGGACUAAUUCCGUUUGCAAUAAAGAAAAUAGAAGGCCUGUUGUACUUAAAAAAUCCAGAAACUGAGUGGCUGCAAAACGAACUCUCAAGAAUGACUCAACAAGAAGAUGAUAUUUUGCCUACGUUUCAAUGA